CUGAGCUUAUUAUUCGCACAGAAAAGGCAUGCCUCACUCGGGCUGACUUUUGGAGCCUGGGCCUGAAUCACAACAUGGACUCAAUGAUCGGAAACAGCUGUUUGGAGUUGGUUUCAAAAAUUGCCAGGUCAAAGGGGAAAGAAAUCUACGUUGCUGACUUGUAUGUCGUACCAACUUGGCUGGCCCACCACAGUAACCCACUGUUAAGUAUGCCUAAUGACAUUCGCACAAAAGAAUUCAUUAUAAUUCCAAUUUGGACACCAGGACAUUACCAGCUUUGUGUGUUGAAGCCUGUCCUUCGGGAGAUUCUUUUACUUGAUUCUAGGUGUUUUGAGACCCCGUAUGGCUUUGAUCAGAGAUAUACCGCUCUGUUGAGAGAUCUUGCACAAAGGAUAAAUCCUGGGGAAUGGACAGAGAAAACUGGGUACCAUUUUGAGAAGUUUCCUCGUCAAACCAGUGGGAAUGACUGUGGAGUCUUCAUGAUAAUGUUGGCCUUGUACGUUGCACUUGAUGCUCCCUUCGAUUACACCAUCGUGGAUAUGCCAGCCCUUAGGAGGUGGUGGUGUAUCAUGCUGAUGGAAAACUUCACACUGGACAACCACGGCAAGCUUUUUUCACACUGGACCAAUGAAGCAAUGGAUCUCCUAAAAGGUCAUCGGCAGCCUGUGAUGCGUCUGAGGAAGCGCAAGUUUGAGGAGAUGGAGAAUAUUGAAGACAUACCGGAAGCGAGAAAUUGGGUAACGCAGAAUAUUGAACACACACAGGAAGCGAGAAAUUGGGUAACUCAGAAUAUUGAAGACAUGCAAGAAGCGAGAAAUUGGGUAACGCAGCUGAAGAAACAGAACCUGUUCAAAGGUGAAGUCCAUGUGCCACGCUUCCUUGCCAUGGAAGACAGCGAGGCUGUACAGGCGCUCGAGAAUUUUAUUGUUAAUGGUGACACCUUCAAUACUGAUGAAAAGCAUGAAGUUAUGGAUCCUUUCAUCUUUAACUUUGAGUAUGUUGAGGACGUGGAAUUGUUUUUUGAAAAAAUUGGAAGUAUGAAUAUUAAAGUCAAUUAUGGCAUGCUUAACCGUGUUUAACCGGCCAUUGUGGCUUGUUGUGGCUCUGUG